UAUUUCAUUUCUUUGCGCCUGCUUUCCCUUGUGUUUCUUCCCUAGUAGCGACAACAGGAAUUGUCGCCAUUGCAUUAACAAGGCUUGGAAGCCGUUCCUGACGGAAUAGUGCGAAUAGUGCGAUGCGAAGCAUAGGAGCAGAAGAACGAGGAAGCUCCACGAGCCGAGCAUCAUAGAAGCUUAUGAACGCGCCGCUUGUCAAGUAGAGCUAUUCCGUCCGCCGUACGAUUCCUGUCGCUUCCCACUGCUCCGUUAUUACCCAUUGCUCCGAUAAUGGCAUUGCACGGCACUCCAAACGCGCGCCGAUCCCACCCGUAUAUCCGGCUAAAUCAUCAAGCGAUGCGGCUGGUGCUACUGGCAAUCAUCCUCGGCCUCUCCGCCUUUCACGGCGGAGAAUCCGGGCCGGCUUUAACGGCCGCAGACGCCCUCCGGAAGAGAGCAGCGGUCUCGGAUCACGUUAGAGUAUCCAAUCUUGCUAGAGUGUCGAAUCGCGAGGAGUUUCACGAACGGUUGAUGCUCGAGCCGCUGCCGGACGGCCGCGUGUUGGCUCACUUCGCAUUCGAAAGCCGGCUGCGCGCCGGAGGAUCGGAAGCAGGGGGAAGCCCCGCGCAUACCGUCCUGUUCCCCCCCGCCAUCCUGCACCUCGUGCGGUCUUUGCAUCUCCGCCACCUCUCCCUCUCCCUCGCACACGGCUCAUGGGACGUGCAGCAAUGGGGCACUCCCUCCUCCUCCCCCUCCUCCUCCCCGUUUUCCCUCUCCCAUCCCCCACCUCUCUCGCAUCAAGAGUAUGACGCCAGGCCGCCAGGGGCCGAGCUGCUGGCGUGGAUGGGGGGAGACGAGAGCGAGCUGGACGCCACGUGGCACAACCUCACUCACUCCCUCGCAGGACUCUUCUGCGCCUCACUCAACUUCCUGGAAUCUUCCUCCACCGUCUCAUCCCCCUCCCUUCACUUCCAACCAUCGCCCCACGAUCCCCAGAGCCAUUCCCAUCCGCCAUCUCAGCCCACCUCCUCCUCCUCUUCCUCCUCCUCCUCCUCCUCACCGCCACCAAGCCAGCAUCCGAGCCUGCACGUGAGGUACGGCAGCAUGGCUCGGGAGCCAGUGUGCACAGAAAACCUCACCCCAUGGCUGAAGCUCCUUCCGUGCCGCGACGCAGCCGGGCUCGCUGCUCUGCUGGACCGCGGGGCGGUGUUUGGCGGCCGCUACCACUCGCUGCGCACAAGUGUGUGGACAGACGUGUGCGACGAGGGGAGUGUGGGCGAUGAGGAAAGUGUGGGUGGUGGGGAGAGUAUCUGUGGUGAGGGGGGUGUGGGUGGUGCUGACACGGGGCAUGGGAAGAGUGUUGAUGAAUCCUCAGCCUCCUCCUCAACGUGUGCAACUCAAGAGUCCCCCGCUGCUGCAUGUCCCGGUGUGCUAUGGUCUCUGGUGCUGCACCAGUCCCUCACUGUGGUUCUAGAUGCCUCCAUUGAACACGCCCUCGCUGCUGCGGCUGCGGCGGCAGCAAGCAAACCCAUCCUCCCCGCAGCAGCAGCAGCAGCAGCAGGAGAAUCGCUUGAUUUGAGCGCUGUGCUUCCGCUCCCCCCUGAUUGGACCGUCGGUGCGCUGUUUGGGCGGCAGCUGACGGCAGUGUGCCCUCUUGCCACGUCAACUGACGUGGCAAUCAGGGUGCCAUCCAGCCUCCUGCACUCUGCAGCGCAACUCACCGCUGCUGCAGGAGGUGGCAGCAACGGGAGUGACACUAGCGAGGGGUUGGAUUAUUUUCUCAAGAGCAAUGCGGUGUUCAAUCUGGAGGGUCGGGGGAGGGUGAGAGUGCAGGAGAGAAGCGGUGCUGCGCCCUUAGAGGGUUCGGGUGAGGAGGGUUCGAGUGAGGAGGAUGCGAAGCGCAAGGGAGGGGCGGUGAGGGGCGUGGAAGGGAUGGGGGGCAUGCGGCACGUGGAAGCAGUGCUGCUGCAUCGCGAUGUGCGGACGCAAGUGCACGCUUCUGACUCUUCUGCUGGCAGCACUGCCACCAGUGCUGACUCAGCGGUUCAGCUAGGUGACGUGGCAGCAGUCAGCAAAGCAGGGUUGCACUGGAAGCGGCGUGUGGCAUGGCAGCGACGGCCGGCGCUGUUUGUCCUUUCCCGGUUCACGACAGGCACUGGAGAUGCCUUGGGGGGGCUGACCUUCCUCAUACAGAGAGGAGACGGUCAUGCAAAAGGAUGUGACACAAACGAAUGUGACACAAGAGGAAGGGAUGCAGCAAGUUGUGCAGGAAAGAGGAGUGAACCGUCUGACAUAGGGAGCCAAUGCAGUGUGUGUCCAGCCGAUGCAGUGAGUGUGUUUCAGGCGGUGCCCUGGUGGCUCAAGCUGUACCUCCACACCCUCACACUCGCCUUUGACCACCGCCCAAUCAGCAUCAGCGAUGGCAGUGCGGUUGUAGCGGCUCGGCUACAGCCAACGAGGGAGCGAGGGCCGCCUGCUGUGCUGGAGCUGGUGCUGCAGGUGCCGCGGACAGUCACACGCGUUACAAUCACAGUGCAGUACAGAAAGGCCUUUCUCACUGUGUUUGAGUCGCCACCAGACGCCAGCCGGGGAGUCGACCUACCUGCUGCGCUCCUCACUGUGCCCUCGGACCCCCAUGGCCCAAGCCACAUGUACGCACCGCCAGUGGUUGUCCCCUUGCCUCUACCGGACCUGAGCAUGCCAUACAACGUCAUCACGCUCACCUGCACGCUGCUCGCUGUGGUUCUAGGCUCGCUCUUCAACACCCUCCGAUACCGCCCCUCCACUGCUUCCCCUGCUGGCAUAUCCAGUGGAGCUGAUGCGAGUGGCACACCAGGGUCGGAUAAGACAAUUAAUUCCAAGUCCUUGGUGGAUCGAUUGAAAGAAAACAGGAAGAAAAUUGUUCUUGUGAUGGCUGUAGCCGCAGCUGGCAUGGCUGCCAGCAACCACUUCUUUGAGUAAUAUCGGCUUGUAUUUGAGCCAGUGUUAAUUCCUAUGCUUUGUUAUACUAGCUGGUAGCGGACCUGCCACCUGCUCGAGUCCAUCCUCAAUUCCUU